AUGGCCGCCCAGGACCAGUCCCGCUUCGCCAUCCACGAGGCCUGCCGCGAAGGCAAGACUGCCGCCGUGGAAUCGCUGCUCAACGCCAAUCCGAACCUUGCGACCCGUCGCGACGACGACGACCGUUUGCCCAUCCACUGGGCUGUCUCGUACAACCGCAUACCCAUAGUCUCGCAGCUCAUCCAGACCAAGAACUUCGACGAUGGCUCUGGCUGGACGCCGCUGAUGAUGGCUGCGAGUCUGAAAGAUGCCGACGAGCUGGUAGACCUUCUGCUCUCCCGCGACGCUGACGUCAACAUGAAGAACAACAACGGCCAGACCGCCCUGCACUUCACCGCCUCGAAGAACAACCUCGAUACCGCACGGAAGCUCGUUGCGAAGAAGGCGUCGGCCCGCGUGAAGGACAAGCGUGGCCAGCUCGCUCUGCACCGCGCCGCAGCAGUCGGCUCGGUUCCUAUGAUCAAGCUGCUACUGCAAGCAAAUAGUCCGCUCAACGCGACUGAUAUGGACGGAAUGACCGCGCUGCAUCACACCAUUGCUGAGGGGCACGGCGAUGCAGCCUUAGUGCUCCUUAAAGCCGGCGCUGACACGGAGAAGAAGAGCAUUGACGGGUCGCUUGCGAUUGAGCUUGCGCCAGAUACCAAGGUGAAGAUUGAUCUCCUGGCCCAAAUUCGUGCCAGCGUGCUGACAAUGCAGAUCAUGAACUAUAUCAUCCAGAACGCAGAGCUCGAGGGUAUCGAAUUGACUGCCCCUCGCCCUUGA